AUGCAAAAUUGGAGACUGCUGGAUGAAAAUUCUUGUAGAACGCCACAAGAACUUGCAAAUUUAUUGGGCGUGACUCAGCAUUCCGUUUCUCAUCGCUUAAAAUGCUUAGGAAUGAUCCAAAAACUGCAACGGCAAAACAGAAAGGGUUUUUUGCAUCGCAUCGUAACUGGCGAUAAAAAGUGGAUACACCAUGGCAACCCGAAGCAGAAAAAAUCGUGGGGACUUCCCGGCCAUUCAUCAACUUCGACAGUGAACCCAAACAUUCAUGGCUCGAAGCUGAUGCUGUGUAUUUGGUGGGACAAGCUCGGCGUAGUGUACUAUGAACUCUUGCAACCAGGCGAAACCAUUACAGGAGCCCUCUAUAGGACACAACUAAUAUGUUUGAGAUACUCUGAAAGACACAAUAAGAUAAUACUUCUGCAUAACAUGCAGCAUGUUUCCAAGGUCGUGAAAACAUACCUGGAAACUUUGAAAUGA